AGAUGCUCUGGCCUCAAUGCACUGUACGAAAGGAGGCUACGUUAAGCGAGGAGAUCCGUGAGGGGAAGAGAAGCAUACGUCUUACUUGGAAGGAAGAAUUAAUUUUUUUACUGAUUUCUUGGGUAGUUUUUUUUUCCGUGCAAGAGACUCUGUCACCCUGCCUGCUUUAUUUGAAUGUUGAUCUGUGUUAGCUUAAGCAACUUCUUCUACGCUUGCCCCGCAUAUGAAGGUUUUACGGAUUGCACAGGGGAGCCGGACGUGUAACUGGUGAAUCGUUUGUGGAGCCCUUUGAAAUGUGGUCUGUUUCUCCAUACAGGGCGCUCUGCUGUCAUCAUUGCGCCUCCCAAAAGGCGGCGUGUUGUUCUUCUGCCCGUCCAUGUGUCGGUCCAGGUGAUGUGGCCAACCGAGGAGAGAGACUCUGGGGUGCCUGUCUCGAGAACUGCUCAAGCCAUUCAAGCAUGGAUUUUUCAACAGCUCGCCUUGCUAUUCUGAACGUGGCAAAGGGUGUGCGUGCAGGGGAUGUGCCCCGUCUCCUUCAUUGGAUGAAAACAACCAGUGACUUUGAUGAAUUCACUUUCAAUAAUAAGGAUGUUAUCAUCAGAAGUAUUGCUGAAGAUCUUCGACAUUCCUUGCCUGCUGGGGCAAUGCUCAACUCAGAGCAUCUUGCUCUUCAAAAACUACAUGAGCAAACAACGCCAACUGUUCACAUUGAUGCAUUCCUUUAUGAUGAUGACUGUAUAGACACAUUGUGUGAAAGGGGGGAGAUGAGCAGAAAUUACUGUUUAACAUGUGGUUCACAUAGGACAGCGCCAUUAGAGUUCAUUUCCCAUUCUUUUUCCCUUAUGGAGGUGAAGUUUCUCUAUCAACAUGUACUGCCUGACCUGACUGGAAAGGUUGUGGUUGAUGUUGGUUCCAGACUUGGUGCAGUCCUGUUUGGGGGCUACUUUUAUAGCUCAGCAUCUCAGAUCUAUGGUGUUGAAAUGAAUACAGAAUUUUGUCAGUUGCAGGAAGCUAUUGUUGAAAAAUACCAACUCUUUGACAGAAUAAAGGUGCUUAAUGCAGACAUUUGUACUCAGGCUUCACUUCUUAAGAAUGCUGACGUUGUCAUAAUGAAUAAUGUCUUUGAAUAUUUCCUUGACAGAUCAGAACAGGCCAGAUGCUGGAAAUUCAUCAGUGAAAAUGUAAGAAAGAAAGGAUCUUUAUUAGUGACAGUACCAAGUCUUGAAAAAUCUCUUUCAGAACUUCAGGUCGAUAUUCCACUGAACAAAUGGGUAGAAGCAAUGCCUUUGCACUAUGAUGUAUUCUUGGAAGAUGCUGACACAGAAGCACUUGAAGAAAUUUGCUUAUACAAGAUUCUAUAGCACAAAGAUGUUAAGACAUUCAAACUGUUUCAAAUUAUGGAUCUACAGUUCUUCAGUGACUCCAGUGUGAAGGGAGCAACCAUUUGUGUCACAGAAAAUAAUGCCAAAAAUCAUGAACAUAUUCUUGGUUAUGUAAAAGUUUAAAAAAAACAAAUAUGUUUGAUA